GUUGAUUCUAUGGUUGGUAGCCGGCGAUCUACGACAGUGAAGCAACACGAUGGACCUGCAUGCCCGACCAUCACCAAAUCCCAAGCCGAUUCCCAAAGCAUGUCUUCAAUGCAGGAGCAUAAAGAUGAAAUGCAUCACUGAUCACCGCCGAGGGAGAAAACCAGGAACUCGAAUUACUCCUAAGCGUAAAGCGCAGAGCUCAACCGCACCAGCCACUUCUUCUCCGUCAGUACAGCAAAGACAGGUUGGAGAGGGAAGUAGUCAGACGCAGGCAGUUCAACGAAGUCCAGACUGGAGCAAUGGAAGCCUUCAGCCCGCUGGGUUCUUCAAUCGUGCAGCAACGCGCGGCAGUUUCUCCCUUGGGAGCAUACUGAAUGCAUCAGAAUCGACCACCUCAGAAGUACAACAGGAAGAGUCGCGGAUUCCUUCCGACGAUCCGAUUCAACUCGGUCUCCUCAAUUCAUCCAUCGCCUCGUCCCUGUUCGAAAAUUUUAUGGAAUCUCUCAAUCCAUACAUCAGUCAAUUAGAUCCGCGCUUGCACACUUUCGGUCGUAUCCGGCAAGAGUCUCCAUUCCUUCUCACGGCAAUCUUAGCUGCGGCUGCGAAAGCCUUCAAUCCUGCUCUGUACAGGAAGCUUCGCGAACAUGCCGAAGAUAUCCUUGCCACCACUUUCCGGAAGGGAACCAAAUCAGUUGAAACUGCGCAGGCGGUUCUGAUCCUAACCUAUUGGAAAGAGUCCGAAGACGCGCGUGCCUGGAUGCUCUUAGGAUACGUGAUUAGGAUGGGCAUGGAGCUAGGCUGGCAUCGGCUUACUCCGUAUUCUUCACAGUCGAACACAGGAACCGACUUGGAGAGACGUCAGAAGAGGAAUAUCGAAAGAACUUGGCUUAUCCUUUUUGUUUACGACCGCAGCAUGAGCUUGCAGACUGGAAAGCCAUGGAUGAUCGAACGAAGCGAGUUCAUCGAGUCCAUUGAGCCAUGGUGCAAGGAUCCAAUGGCAACUCCUGGCGACCGUCUACUGGCUGCGCUAGUGACAUUACGCUUGUUGAGUUCAGAAGUCUUCAGGCUACUAGGACCGAGGUCAAGUCGAAUUCGCGCGAGACAGUUACAUAGCCUAGAAUCUCUCCUUGCAAUCAUCAAGAGCAGAGUCGAGGAAUGGGAGUCGAGGUGGCUCAGCGUAGCAGAUACAGACAGCUGUCAUCCGUUCUUUAUCCAGUUCUACGGCACACAUCUCAGGUUGCAACUGUUCUCUUUGCCGUUACAGGACAUCUUGGCGCAGUCGGACCAGAACACGACAUACCAUAUGGAGGCUCUUUGGGUUAGCUACUCGAGUGCCCUUGAGAUGCUGCAUCUCAUCUGCCGACACUCCUCUUGGCUGUACUUUGCCCAAGAUUCUAUUCACGUUAUGACUGCUUAUAGUGCAGCUUUCUUGAUCAAGCUCAUGUUAUCCACGUCCCAUUCAAUCGCCAGCCAAAUUCAACCCGCUAUACAAAGUGCGAUAUCAGGCGCCGCCCUGGUUUUCUCCCAGCAAGCUGCUCCCCUGGGCUCGAGCUGCGCACUUCAGUCGAGAUUUCUCGACAACGUCCUGGCUAGAAUCUCUGAGCCCGCGGCCGAAGCGCCGACAGCAACCGAUCUGACCGAGUGUUGUGGCCAGCUUCGAGUCGGUGAGCGGGAUCCGACUCGGGAGACCGGCGUUGCCGCAGCUUCGGGGCGAGCCUUCAACCAGGCGGAAGGAGGACUGAGCCUGGACUUUGCAGAUGAUGAAACCUGGGUUGAGCUCAUGGCCGAAGCUGGGUUCAAUGCUCAAGACGGCGUAUUUUUUGCUUGAACAUCGCAAAGACUUAAUGUUAAGUAGAUGAGUUUCUACAAGCCGUCUACUUGGGUGCAUCGGUGUUGUUCAGAGGAACCGCGGUAGUCUCUGAGUGACGAAAAGUUCUGAUGCCUUCCCGGACAAUCUUCAGCUGGGAGGGACAGCAAGGAUCAGGACAUGCAAUCAAUGCAUCGGUUGUCAUCCAAUCGUUUUUAGAAGUCACUCGUUGUUUUGCGGCCAGUAGGGGUAGCACUGAUGCUGUUGUUAAACAUUCAGAGUUAGAGACCAUAGCUUCCGAGUAAAACUCCAAC